GGCAGAUCGAUCGUAUAAGGUUGGUCUGAGAUUCAUUUGGAGCCCUUUCUGGUGGAAUAUUCUAAAACGCGUUUGGAAUCACCGUCUGGCUGAGAUCAUUUGGAGCCCUUUCUGGUGGAAUAUGUUUUAUGAAAUUUUUUUGAACAUAUUAUUCGUGAAAUCUAGUUUAUCCCUAACAAAUUUCAACUAAAUAUUUAACUGUUAAGGCAUUUAAAUAAAUUCCUUACAAAAACUGCGAUUUAUAAAAUGAAAAUUAAAAUAAUCAAAAAAAGAAAAGAGAAUAUUACCGGAAAUAGGACAAAAAAGGUUUGAAAAUUCCAAAAUAGGACUGCCAUGUUUUUAUUCCCAAAAUAGGACUAAUUAGUGUCAUGUUUUGGCAGUACCAGACUUCAAACAUGGCAGUAUUCUCUAAAUUUGGCAGUAAUUACUCCUAUUUUGGGAAUAAAAAACAUGACAUCCUAUUUUGGAAUUUUCAAACCGUUUUAGUCCUAUUUUGGGAACUUUCCCAAAAGAAAAAUGUAGGAAGAGAUUGGAGGAAGUAGUGGUCCAGCAUGGAGGUGUCGUUGGAAGAGGUGACAGUGUAGGGGGGCCGCGCCUUUAUGUAUAUUCCCAUGACUAAGCUAACCCCAAAACAUUACUGCUUCGGCCCCCACACUGCACAUGCCGAUGUUCUUCUCAUCUCUGAUCUUCUUCCCUGCAUUGCAUAAUAUCAUGCCCUUUAAACUCUCAUUUCCACACACAUAUAUAGUACAGAUAGAUAUAUAGAUGUUCCCAUUCAUACCUCUCCUCCAUCUAUCGAUCUCACCCAUUAAAUAGUUUCCUCGCUACCUAUUUAUAUACAUACAUACUACGUAUAUAGCAUAGCCAGAUACUUCGAUCAAUUCUAUUCGAAACCCUAAUUAAUUAUAUUUCCGCGCGUCCCCAUUCGAAAGAAUUGAUCGAGUAAUAUAUAUACUAUGGCGCUAAAGAAAGGUGGCGAAGGAAGCAAAAGCAGCGGCGGCGUGACCCAACCCGCGGCGAUAAAGCAAAUACUGAAGAAGUGUUCGAGCUUCGGGAAAAAACAACAGCAGGAGCAGCAGCAGUAUGGUGGCGGCGGGUACGAGGAAGAAGAGGAGGAGAGUGGCGGCGCACCGCCGCCGAACGAUGUCCCAGAAGGGCACUUCGUGGUUUACGUGGGGGAGACGCGGCGGCGAUACAUAGUGCCCAUAUCGUGGCUGAGUCAGCCGGAGUUUCAGAGGCUGCUGCGGCGAGCGGAGGAGGAGUUCGGGUUUAGCCACGAGAUGGGCCUCACUAUUCCCUGUCACGAGCAAUAUUUCUGCUCUCUCUUCUCCAUGCUCGAUCACAUAUAGCAGCUGGAUCAUGCAUUCAUCAAUUCCGCUAGCUUCACCACCGUUCUUUCUUUCGUUCGUUUUCUCUUCUGAUCCGAUCCAUACGUAUUAAAUGCAUGAUCGACGAUCACUUCCCAUGAUUAAAUACCCACGUACGUACCGAUCUACAUGCUGCAUGCAGUGUAUAUAUAGCCCGCCAGCUACUACAUACGUACCUAGUACGGCGUAGUUUUUUUCUUCACGAGGUUGAUUCAUAGCUUUGACCCGGAGAAUGUAUCGUGUCCUAUGUAUGUAUGUAUAUUUCGUACUUUUGUUUUGACGAGUACAUAAGCGUAGAUUGUAGAGAGAGGAGGUGCAAUCGCAUGGGAGCCCUAGGCGUCCCGUCUCCUCUUUUUCUUCACCAUCUUUCUCUAGCUUCACCAUCUUUCUCUUCUUUUCUUCUCUUCUUUCAAUCUUCUUUGAUUUCAACAAUAGAAAAACAUCUUCUUAAUCAGUGUUUUCAGUUUUAUUCAUGUGUUUAUUUCCCAACGUUGUUUGGAGAUAUUAUUUUCGGUAGCGAAAUAUCGUCUGCUAGAUCCAUAUUCCCCGUCACUUUUGGUCGGGCGUUCUUGUGUGCUAAGAAGAGAUUUGCACUGAUCUCUUCAUCAAUCAAAAACAUGAUUUUCUUCUACGACGAUAUUGAGACGGAUCGCCCCCCUCCAGAACCACCACCGUUCCAUGAAGAUGAGAUCAUUUGGGUUGGUUUCUUUUCGGUGACUGGUGAAACCAGAACAAAUUCUACAAUUAUCUCCUUACCGGUGGCUGGAGAAACCAGGAUGUUUAAGAGUUCUUUUGAUAAUUAUUGUGAUCGUAGCAGGAGCAGUCAAUCUGCAGGUAGAGUCUACUUCUUUGCUGGAUUAGCGAUUCGGCGUUUUCGAUUAGAAUCGUCCGUUUCUAUGUCUCAUCCCAUUGUAGCCGUGAGCUUUAUGAUUGUAAUGUUUCUUGUCAUCUUCAGUAAUAAUAAUUAAGUUAUUUGUUUUCAAAAAAAGUAAGUGCUACAUAUUCAAUUUUGCAUUAUUCAAAUGUUCUACUUUGACUACGAUUUAUUUAUACUAAAUAAUUUCUCCUCUUAAGUAAAUGCAACAUGUUGAAUUUUGCAUUAUUCACAUGUUCUACUUUGAC